UGUGCUGAAUUGCUGAGCGGGCGGGGAGAGGAGGAGAGGGCGGGAGUGGGAGGUAUAUAAGGCGCGCUCUCUCUCGGCGAGGCCGAGGCAAUCCGGCGUCGAGUCCAGUUGCGCCUCCUUUUACGGAGGAGGGGAGCGUCCCUAGGGUCCUGCAGAAAUGACUGAUAUAGACUCAUACAAAGUGCUGCUGGAUGGACCAGCACCAUGGGGCUUCAGGUUGCAGGGUGGCAAGGACUUCAACAUGCCACUCUCCAUCUCCAGGCUCACGCCUGGAGGUAAGGCAGCCCAGGCGGGUGUGGGAGUAGGUGACUGGGUGCUAAGCAUUGAUGGAGAGAGCACCAGCACUAUGACCCACAUUGAAGCACAGAACAAGAUCCGUGCCUGUGGGGAUAAGCUUUCCCUCAGCUUAAGCAGAAUCCAGAACCUCCUGGGCAAACCUCAAAAGGAUGCACUUCCUUCCUCUGAACCCCCGAAGUAUAACUUCGCUCCCAGUUCUGCCCUCAACAAAACGGCCCGGCCCUUUGGAGUUAUCUCUGCUCCAAACUGUCAGUCUGGGCCAGUGACGAAACCUGUGCUGUACACACCCUCUGCAUCUGUCUGCACCACACAGCACAAUGGGGUUGAUGCUCAUCCCCCUGAGGUGAAGGCUCCACCCCAAAGCAACCCUGUGCCUGAUUAUGGAGAUUACUACCUGGAAGACCAGCACUCUCUCCGGCUGAUUAGCCUGCCAGCCUUCCUUCCCAGUGACUCCAGCAAAAAGAGACUUAUUGAGGACACAGAGGACUGGCGACCACGGACUGGCACUACCCAGUCCCGCUCCUUCCGUAUCCUGGCCAAUCUCACAGGCACAGAAUUCAUGCAAGACCCAGAUGAUGAGCAUGUCAAGAAAGCCAGCCAGGUCUCCAUGCCGGAUCUGUCUUCUGUGCCAUCUUUAAAAGUGGAGCCUGGAUAUGGCUCUGCUGCUCCAAAACCUGCACCUGUCUCGGGCCCUGCCAGUCGUCCACCCUGGGCUGCGGAUCCUUCCUUUGCAGAGCGAUAUGCCCCAGACAAAACCAGUACGGUUUUGAGCAAGCACAGCCAGCCAGCCACACCAACACCUAUGCAGAACCGCAACUCCAUCGUCCAGGCUGCACAACAAGCACCAGAGAGUGCCAACAAAACCCCCAUCUGCUACCAGUGUAACAAGAUUAUUAGGGGGCGUUAUCUGGUGGCCCUGGGACACUACUACCACCCCGAGGAGUUCACUUGCUCACAGUGCAGGAAGGUGCUAGACGAGGGUGGCUUUUUUGAGGAGAAGGGCUCCAUCUUCUGCCCCAAGUGUUACGACAUACGCUAUGCACCCAACUGUGCCAAGUGCAAGAAGAAGAUUACGGGGGAAAUUAUGCAUGCCUUGAAGAUGACCUGGCACGUCCAGUGCUUUAUCUGUGCUGCCUGCAAGACACCCAUCCGCAAUCGUGCCUUCUACAUGGAAGAGGGGCAGCCUUACUGUGAGAGAGACUAUGAGAAGAUGUUUGGAACCAAAUGCCGUGGCUGUGACUUCAAGAUAGAUGCUGGUGAUCGCUUCCUAGAGGCUCUGGGCUUCAGCUGGCAUGACACUUGCUUCGUCUGUGCGAUUUGCCAGAUUAACUUGGAAGGAAAGACAUUCUACUCCAAAAAGGACAAGCCCCUGUGCAAGAGCCAUGCAUUUUCGCACGUGUGAGAAGGAGGGAGGAGUGGGGAAGAGAGAACCUGCCUGCCCAAGCUGCUGCCUGUCCUAGUCCUGCAUCCCUCAUUUCUUCCACCUCAUCCUGUCCUGAGAGAGAGAGAGAGAUUGAGAGAAAGUCAGACAGACAGAAAGCGUAGUGGGCCCAGACUCCACACUUGACAAUCAUUCCCACUGGGGAUGCAAUACUCAUGGUUCCCUUUCAGUACUUUAGAAGGAUUCCAUUCCAUGGAUUUAGACCAUUGCCCACCUUUCUUUUUUCUUUCCUUUUUAAAAUAUAGAGUUCCUUUCUGCAUGAGCGCUCUCAUGCUGAGAAGUCAUUUUUUGGUGAAACGGACUUGUCUUACCCCGUCGUUCUUGUACCAGCUACAACCAAAGGAGGGGAUGUUAACUCCCUAGCUGAACAACCCCAGAUAUUCUCAUUGUUGUGAAGAUACCUGUCUUUCCCUAGUUUUCAUUCUCAUCAGUGUGUGUGAAUGCUUGCUGUGAGGACCUUGGUGACAGUUGUCGUCCCCCCCCCCCCCCCAAUCUGUCAGAUUAUGGCUUGUUCUCAUUUCUCCCUAUUUCUUUUGCAAUGUGCCUACCCACUUCUUCCUGCCAAAAAAGCAUUGCAAAAUAUGCCUGUAAUCGAGAAUGGGUCAAUGUAGUGCCAAUCUAUUUAGCCUUUUGCCCAUAUUGCCACAUUUAGCAUCAGGAGUCCACUCCAGACAUAUUACAGUAACAAAAUGUUUUUUCCCAAGCUGAAACAUGGGUUUCCCCAAAAACUUCCAAUUUGGUAAUAUAAUGUUUUCAAAUUAAGAUGACCCUAACUCCAGGGGGGAAGAAGGUGUUGCUAUGAUAAAAUAUUGAGCCAUAUAGUGUCACAAGCCAAGUUAAAAUGAUUCUAAAAUGCCACAGAUUGCAUGUACCAGCUUCAUCAGCCAAAAUGGUUUCUUCCUCACAGUGACAUGAAGAUGCCAUUCACUCCCCGGCUCACAGUGUUUAUUUGCCAGUAGCUCACAACUUCUGGGCCAGAACUGACCCCAAAGCAUCCUUACCAAAGAGUCAUUAUUUCUGUUUUGAUCAAAGUACUUCCCAGUACCGUCCUGUCCGGCUGGGAGACUGUAAUUCUUUGUCACCACAAUGGUGACUUCUUUCAGUGCCUAAUAAAAUAAAUCUUUUAAUUCUUUA